AUGUCAUCAAUAACAGACAAGCCACGGCAGCUUACGCCAACAACCACAGAUCAAACGGGUUCAGAAGCUUCUGGAGAUAAGGCAUCCACGAAGCCUGAACAAUCUCUGGAAGCAGCCCCCGUUCAGGACUUCAAACAAGGAUGGUCUUUUUGGGCAGUAAUUCUGACGCUUUGUUUCACUAGCCUGCUGGGUUCCUUCGAAAAUGCCGUCGUCACGACGUCAAUGGCCUACAUGAUCCAAGAUUUGAACAUUGGGACUAAUUACGUCUGGAUCACGAAUGGCUUCUUUGUCGCCAGGUAUAUGAGCACACUCCUAUUGUCAGUCCUGAGGAUGGAUGGGCUGAUUGUCUUUAGUGCUGCGGUUCAACCGCUGUUUGGUCAGCUUGCGGAUGUCUUCGGACGCCGAAGGCUCACCCUCGUUAUUGUGGCGACCCAUACGCUUGGCAGUGGCAUAUGUGGCGGGGCAAGAAACGAAGCCAUGCUGUUCGCCGGUAGAGCCAUCCAAGGUGUGGGUAGCGGCGGCAUCAACAUGAUUGUCGAAGUCAUCAUUUCCGACUUGGUGCCCCUUCGCAAAAGGGGGUAUUUCAUGUCCCUCGUCCUUUUGGUGUACGCCUUGGGACUGGGUACUGGUCCCCUGAUAGGAGGGACUUUAGCCCAGCAUGUCGGGUGGAGAUGGGUUUUUUUCAUUAAUCUUCCUAUUGGAGGAACCUCUCUGGCCCUUUUGUACCUCCUGCUCAAAGUGAGGGACGACAAGACGACACCUCUGAAGGACAAAAUCAAAAGCCUCGACUUUGUCGGUAACUUCAUUAUCAUCGGCUCCACGGUAUCAGUGCUGUAUGCUCUCACCCUAGCUGGGUCGGCCUACCCUUGGGGAGCUUGGCAGGUCCUAGUACCUUUACUGGUGGGCUUUGGAGGAUUCUUUGUCUUCAUUUGCUUCGAGGCAUCACCGCUAUGCUCUCAUCCCGUCAUUCCUCUAGGACUCUUCAAAGAUGCCACACGCGCCGUCAUCUUUAUCAAUACGUUGUUCACUUCAAUUUUGACCUACUGGAUGCUAUACUUCCGCCCCCUCUACUUCCAGUCCGUCCUGCUGUCGGACCCUACUUUUGCCGGGGUGCAGAUGAUGCCAAGCACUCUUGGCUCACUCCUGGUUUCUGCCGGAUCUUCUGCUGCUCUGUCCUGGAUCGGCCGCUACAAGAUCUUCCACACGGCUGGAUUCGGUCUUCUCACGCUGGGACUUGGUCUCCAUUCUGUCCUGGACAGGUACUCGCCUCCGGCCCGAUGGGUCAUGUUUCAGAUCCUCACCGGCACUGGGGUCGGCAUGGUAUUAAACACUCUCCUGCCCGCCCUGCAAGCAAGUCUGCCCGAGAAAAGCGUCGCGGCUGCAACAGGCUCGUGGGCUUUUAUGAGGAGCUUUGGAAACGUUUGGGGAGUGGCCAUUCCAAACGCCGUGUUCAACGACAAAUUUGACAGCCUUGUCGGCACCAUUACUGACGAUCAAGUCAGAGAGCAAUUCUCGGCAGGGCGUGCCUAUGAGCAAGGAACUCAGAGGGCCAUAUCCCAGCUUUCCGAAGCUAGCAGAGACCAGGUCUUGACGGUGUAUGAACGCUCGCUUCAGUUGGUCUGGUUUGUUGCAAUUGCCUUCGCUGGGCUCGGGUUUUUUCUAUCGCUAGUUGAGAAGGAGAUACGCCUGCGCACCAAGCUCGAGACCAAGUAUGGCUUGGAGGAAAAGAAGGAGGAACCUGCCAGCAGUGCAUAG